AACCCACAGAAUCAGACGUGAAUCACGUAAGUAUUGUUCAUAAAAAUAUAAAAGGAAAAGUUGCCAAAAUCUCGAACUUUUCACAGGUAGUUCAAGUUCAGACUUAACCAUAAGUUGUUAUUUAAUGGCCAUUGUUAAGUAGCAAUGCCAAAAUAAAUGACAGCGUGCCUUAAGAAUUAUUCAUAGUUCUGACAAGCUGUUAACUUUAACCUCCAUCAGUCAUUGUAAGUGACACAGCGGCAUACCGGUGACGAAUGAAAUGUAAGAGCAUUUCUGUGGUAGCUGCGUCAGGCUCCGUCCCGCGGGCGACGGUGAGCGCGCGACCUUGCCGCUCCAGCAGCGCCAGGGCGGGGGCGCCUAUGACUGCGGCCGGCCGCACGCACGCAGCCACUCGUACUGUGCUAACGAUCCGACCAACGCGCUUCCAAUACGAUACGAAUUUUCAAAAAACGACGCGUUCGGAAUGACAGUUUGAUUUUUUAAAUCAUGUGGCUUUGGUUCGUUGUUGUCGCGGCGGCCGCGGUGCUGGCGCGCGUCGAGAGCGCAGGCGCCGGAGCCGCCCGCCUCGUCUGCUACGUGGAAAGCGCGCGCGCGACCGACGGCUUUUCCGAGUGUACUCAUCUCGUUUACGCGGGCGAUGCGAGGGGAGACAAACUUGACGCGCUACUGAAGGAAUACAAGAAGAACAACCCCCGACUGAAAGUUAUACUCAGAGUCUCAGAGCUCGAUAAGGAUCUCCGCACCCUUCUAAAAUCGAAGCAUGUCCAAGGUCUGGAGAUCAACGAUGCUCACAAAUCGCUCAACAAGACCAAAGUACAGGAGACGGUUGAGGCAGCCCGAUCUGCGAUCACCUCGUCUGGUGGUGGUCCCCUGUUCCUGGCUUUGCCCGCGAACCCUGAACUCCUGGCAAAGUACUACGACCUGAGGACCUUAAUGAAGAAGGUGGACCUCCUGAUGGUGCAGACCCACGCGUUGGGAUUGGUGAAGAAGAUGACGUACCAUCCCAGUCGGCUCAGUGGCAUGUGGGAUAUGAUGAAUACUGACUCCGUAGUCGACCUAGUCAUUGGUCUGGGCGUACCGUCAUCGAAGGUUGUGAUCAGUCUGCCGGCGACUGCUCGCCAGUUCACUUUGGUGAACGAGACCCUCAGUACUCCUGGCAGCCCCACCACGGAGGACGAGCCGAAGGAGAUCGAUCAAGCUGAGCUCUGCAGGCAACUGAGAAGUGGACGCUGGACUCUGGAGAGAGAUCAAGAUCUGUCAGCGCCUUACGCUUUUAAAAACAAAACAUGGAUAUCGUUCGAGGACUCAUCUUCCAUCGACGUAAAGGGUAAAUACGCGCGUGUCCGUGGGCUGGCAGGUCUGGCCCUGCACCGCGCCGACCGUGAUGUGGACACUCCAUGCGGCCCCACACUCCGAGCCGCAUUGGCCAAGGUGCUCAACCAGCAGAGCAGAGCGCCGAGAGCUGCUGUACUUAGGUCUUUGGAGAAUGAGAUCCUGUCAGCACCAGGUCACGCGCGCGCCCUCGAUGCUCUACAAGUGUCUCCCUACAGAAUCACGCAGGUCGUUGACUCUGAUGGUGUCAUACACUCUAUUAGGGAGGACACACGCACGGAGUUCUCUUGCUCCCGUCAAGGUUACUUCGUGCACCCUCGCUCCUGCGCACGGUUCUAUCGUUGUGUCAAGUUUGAUCAACUUUCUCCUGAAUAUACUGUGUUCGAGUUUGACUGUCCAGCUGGUCUGGCCUUCGACUCCCGCUACGAGGUGUGCGUGUGGCCCGGCAGCCUGCCCGAGUCCCAGGCCUGUCCGGGGUCCUCCGAGAUCGCGCCCGUCCCUAGAACUAGGUUCAUCUGUCCCGAACAUGAAGGUUACUACGCGGACCCCGAGAACUGUCGUUGGUUCUUCGCUUGUCUGGACCAUGGCAAGUCCCCACUGACUGCGUACGAGUUCCGUUGUCCCUUUGGGCUUGGCUUCGAUGCUGAACGUCUUAAGUGCGACUGGCCGUGGUUAGUGCCGGCUUGUGGAAACAUCGCCCGAUAUGAGGCAGAGGCCCACGGAUUCUCUGCUGCUACACUCACAGGUGCAGCAGGUUACCAAGGUCAAACCGCUGACGCGAUCAACGUCGCCGCCCACCAGAGCCUGGUCUCUGGAGCUUCCCUCAACAAUCUGGUUGGAAUUCAAGGAGGGUUCCUAACAAAAGACGACGCCUUAGACUCCAACUUCAUAGCUUCGCAGGAACUAGCCAACGCUGGACAUUCUUACGAAAUUGGACACGGAUCUGCCCAGUUGGGCAGUGGCUUAAUCGGUCAUGGUUCAGGAUUAGUCGAGAAUAGCCUGGUUUACAACAGUGACGCAGGCUCUCUUCACGGCAACAUUGGCUUAGUCCAACCGACCCAAUAUAAUGGACAAAAGAAAUACAGCAGCGGUUCUAUUAUUUUGGAUGACUACAGGCUUCCUACCCAAGAGGAAUCGCUUCGUCACGGUGCUCACUCGAAUUUCGGAUACACUGGUCAAGGUGCAGGAUAUACUGCCCAGACCGGAGGAUACACUGCCCAGAAUGGAGGAUACUCUACGCAAAAUGGAGGCUACACUGCCCAGAAUGGAGGAUACACUGCCGAGAAUGGAGGAUAUACGGCCCAAAGUGACGGACAAUCUAAUGUAUACACUGCCCAAAAUGCAGGACAUUCCACCGGAUACACAGCUCAAGCUGGAAGCCAGGCUACUGGUUACAACAGCUACUCGGCGGGAAAAGGGCUGAAGACUGUGCAAUACCAAAGCUCAAACUAUGACGACGAUAACUCUGGAGCAUACGUCCAUGAUCCGACCGGAGACUACGCGGAGCCCUACAAACACGUCGGAUCCCCAGUCGUUCCAUACGUACAUGAUGGCUCCUAUAAACACACCCCCGAUUAUUAUGACGUUGGAAGAUACUCGGGCUCAUCUGGCUAUGAAGGUAAAUACUCGCAGGAGCAAAGCGGACAAUACAUCCAUGACAAUUCCGGAUCAUACGUAGAAUCUGGCGCUGGAAGUACAGGCUACAGUGGUGACUACUCUUCCGGCUAUUCCACAACUUACAAUGCUGACAAUUCUGGUGCAUACAAACACGAUGACUCAGGAAAAUACCAAGCUGGUGUCUACAGGGCUGAUGGCCACAUUGGGGAUGGUAAAUCAACCUACUCGGACUCUCAACAAUACCAUGGUUAUAGUGAAGCUAAUGCGGGCAACUACAUCAGUGACUCUAAAGCUUUCACUGGUUCUUCUCACACGCUGACAGCUGGAGCUAUCAACGUUGGCUUAGUAGGAAAGACUACUCUUAUUGAUGCUGAUUACAAUGACCAAGGUCAUUAUCAAUCACAGUCUGAUGCUUACAAUCACAACCAGGGCAAUUAUCAAGGUUCUAAGACCUACAGCCAAUCUACACAGACAUUGCACCCAGCUCAUGUAUCCUUUGUAUCCCAACCGGCUGUCUCUAUCAACCACAUUGGCACCGACGGCAACAAUCUCGAUGGCUACAGUUUUGUAACAACUCCUACAUCUUCUGGAGUACCAACUACUGCUACUCCAUUUGCUGUUACCACAUCUUUGCCGACAGUCACAUACAAGACUACAUUCGUUCCUGAAUUACCUAAAACCAGUGUGAAACAAAUAUUCGGCGUGUCUCAGCCUGCUGUUACAUACGUUCAGCCAACUGCUAUUGCCGUUCACCACGUGACUCCUCAGGUACAAAUAACAGACCAUAACCAAGGUGUCAACUACCAAUACGAAAGCAGAGAUUACUCCAGUCAAAACAGUCAAACUAAGUCCGAAUCGGGAUACCAAUACUCGAAACCUACCAUUAAAUUCGAAGAUGGAGUGUCCUACACUACCGCAACUCCCGCCGUUUCUGUGUCUACAUACGAAAAUCAAGGCUCGAGCCACAAUCAAGACGGAUUUGUCGGUUACGAUUAUUCGACACGUACCCCUGUCCAUGAAGAGCCUUUCAAGAAGGUUGUAGCGUAUACUACCGGACCAUCAGUAUCUACAUACGCCCCACCUACUGUCUCUACGUACAGUCCUCACUCAUUCAGCCACCAAACUGUACAUAAGGUAGAAUCUAGCCACAGCUACACACCAUCUGUAGAGACUGCCUCUGUUGGCACUGGAUACGACUAUUCGAAAUCGACGGUAGCUUUCGAAGAGCCUAAGAUAGUUCAGUACACAACACCACAGCCGGCUCUCGCCGUCCAGCCUGCCGUGUCCACUUACCAACCUCAGAUAAUCAGUCACCAAACAUUACACAAGGUUGACGCUAACCGAGUGAACACUUACUCUGGUGACGCAUCAUUGGGCUACAACUACGAGAAACCCGCCGUUCAAUUCCAAGAAGUAAAUACUGUGUACUCCACACCCGCGCCGAUCGUAACAUCGACUUACAGACCUCAGUCUUACAGUCACCAGACAAUCCACAAAGAGACACAGACAUACGUCCCUGUAUCUUCUACUCCCAAAUAUGAGGUGAGCUACCAGUCCACACCAGUUACAGUUUACGAAAACCCAAUCCUUCAAUAUACCCAGAAGGCUACGCCAGUCACAUAUAUACAGCCUACCUACAAAUCUCAAGCUAUUAGUCAUCGGACGAUUCACAAGACUGAAGACAGGAAAGCUUACAACCAAGUUGUAAAUGUUGAAUCUGGAUACGAAUAUACUAAACCUGCAGUCGCCGUUACCCAAGAAGUUCAUUACUCGACUGCCCAACCUGCCGUUGUUUCUACUUAUCAGCCGCAAGUAUACAGCCAGCAAACAUUACACAAUGUCGAUGCUAGUCAAGUGAACACAUACACUCAAGAAAAUGGUUAUGAAUACAACAAGCCCGCUGUUAAGUUUGAGGAGGCUCCCAAGACGGUGUUCCAGUACUCUACCCCGUCCCCGAUAGUUUCUUCAACAUACAGACCUCAGACAUACAGUCAGCAAACCAUUCAUAAGAUAGAAUCCCAGAACUACGUGCCUGUUUCUUCCACCCCCGCACCUCGAGUUGAACUGUCUUAUCAACCUGUAUCCACUUAUGAAAAUCCUAUACUGAAAUACACUCAAAAAGCUACACCAGUGACCUAUGUUCAGCCCACAGCGGCCGUGUUCACACAGACUUACAAGCCCGUGACACAGCAACACGAAGUCAAACACAUUGUAAGCCAGCCCGUGCAAUAUGAACAACAUGUGCAGUUCAACCAAGAAGGUUAUUCGUACAGCCAGCCCGAAAUCCAAAGGAACCAUGAAUCUAAGGCCUACUCAGACGCUACUUUGGUGUCCCACCAGGUAUAUCACCAGUCGCAUGGCGCGGUGAAGAGCAAUGUAAACGCCGGCAAAGACAUCGUCUUCGUGUCAACCUCGCCUUCUACUCUAAUUUACGAAGACCAUUAUACAGAUUACGAAUCUCCUAAAGUAGAAACCUACAAAGCUCCAGAGUAUGUUCCACCGAAGAAUAAAAACAAGUCGUAUUCUGUUUCAUCGACUGCUUCAGCACCUGUGGUCCAUCAAAGCUCAGUUGUCCACCAGGCCCAAGAAUAUAUUGCCCCUAAAACUGAAUACAAAUCCUACUCAGUUAGUUCGACUUCUGCCCCCUUAGUACACGAGAGCUCCGUGUUCCAUCAAACUCAAGACUAUAUUGCUCCUCAGGCAGAGUACCAGUCAUACUCUGUGUCUACUGGAUCCCCAAUUGUGCAACAAAGUACUGUUCUUCACCAAGCUCAAAACAACUACGAUUACUCACAACAGUACGAAACUGUCCAAAAAUCUGUGCCGACAGUUCAACAACAUUCUUUCAGCACGACUCACAUCGAACAGCCACAGAAAGUGGAGUCUAUCCACUUCUCGUUCCCCAGCAGCACAGCGUCGCCUACAUACCAACAGGUAGAGUACCAAGCUCCCGAGAUUCAGGUAGCCUACAAAGGUGAAGAAUACAUUCCCCCAGUUUCGUCUACAGCGGCUCCUAUUGUAACGUCAACUUACAGACCAAGGACUUAUUCUACUGUCUCAACAACUCGGGAAUACUUGCCACCAGCAGAGCCUAAAUACGAAUAUGUGCCGUCUUCGACCACAGCUAGACCCAUUGUUAAGUCGACCACUCCUGCUUACAGAGUAGAAUCGACGACUGCCUACCAAGCAUCUGAAUACUUACCUCCGGACAGUGAAAGUAAAUUAGUCAACUUUGAAAGCUUUGGUUUCAAGGACGCUAACGUCGCUUCAAAGAUUAAGUAUAACCCGUACCAAGAGUACACCGUAUCCCACGACACAGUGCCCGUACAACGUAAACAGAACAUAGUAGUGGAAACUGCCAAAUCAAACUUGCUAGGAUUCGGUACUGUUGGUCCUGAUGCUGGUUUAGUGUCGCCCGUUACUUAUACUACAGCUGCACCUGUAGUUUCAUCUACCUACAGGCAGAGAGUUAAAUCUACCGCUCGCCCCGCCUACAAAUAUAGUACAACGACUGAGUACCAAGCUCCUGAAUAUUUACCACCUUCGGACGACUUAAAAUCUGAAGUAAACGUUGAAGGAUUUGAAUACAAUAGGCAAUCAUCGGGAGCUGAGAUCAAAUACACUCCAUACCAAGAAGUGUCUGUAUCUACUUCUGCUCCAAUUCAAAGAAAGCAAAAUAUUGUCGUCCAAACAGCUAAGUCCCAGAACUCUCGCCUUGGUUUCGGUACAGUUGGACCAGAUGCUGGACUAGUAUCCUACUCGACAGCUGCACCUGUUGCAGUAUCCAGCUCUGAAUCGUACUCCUACUCACCCCAGAGAGUUACAUCAACAUACGCCCCUGUUGAACAAGGUUUAUUCGAAGUCACUCCAUCUUCUGUGCCGCUGCGAAGAACGAAACCUAAAGUAGCAGUUGUUACAAAGAUCAACGACUUUAAUCCGUUCCUUGUUCGCAAACUUGGAGCUGUCUGCAGCUGUCAGUCACCAGUUCUGGUUCUAAAAGGAAGGAGACCUACUCAAGCGCCACAAGACCUCGGCGACUACAAUGACUACGAACACAACCGCGGAGACAUAAAUGAGGGUGAAUAUGGUCACAGGACAUUUGAGUCGUCUAAUGUCAAAACGGUCGCUACCCCGGCGCCAGUUGUUACAUCUACCUUCAACCCUAUUAUUGUCCCCGAAGAUUCAUACUACCAAGAUUAUCAAGAGAACGGUGGUUAUGAUGUCGCUGUAACUCCUAAACAUAAGGAAGUAUAUUCUGAGAGUUACGUAUCUAGCACACCAGCUAUCGCCUCUACUACAGAGAGAAUUGUCAGAGUACGACCACGCGUGAAGACUGUUACCGUGGCACCUACAUACAAAACUGUGUUACUGAACCAAGAAGUAGCGCCAACUGUGACUGUUACAGAUGAAUCUGGAUCUUCUAUUGAUUCACAAGCCUUUGACCGUUACGGUCCUGGCGGAUGGAGAAGCAGAGACGAGACUCUACAGGGAUCGGUAGACUGCCAGCGAGCCGGUCUGUUCCGACACCCGAAACAGUGUAACAAAUUCUAUGCGUGCAGAUGGGACUGCACUAAGCAGAGGUUUACGCUCCACGUUUUCAACUGCCCGGUGCAGCUGAGCUUCGACCCCAGCAUAGGCGCGUGUAACUGGCCCAGCCAGGGCCCCGCCUGCCAGGGUGACACCCUCCUCACCAACGUUCUUUAAGUACCUUUACCAUAGUUGCCAAUCUCGUCGUGCCAUCGAAAUUGUGAUAAAAUUGUGAUCACGAAUUUUCUCUAACUCUCUGUCUUCGAUACAGUUGGACGAUUUGUCUCUCUCUUGUUUAAGUUGCUUAUUUAUUUGUUUGGUUUGUUAAUGUUAUUUCAUAGUUAUUUAUUGCAUUAUUUCCUUUUUGCUUAAAACUUGCUAAUGCUAAGCCUUGUGGAUUUUCAUUAUUGGAAUUAGAGUUACCAUUUUCUAGUUCAUGUUAUUGUAAAAUAGUGAAGUCAUAUUUUUGUAUUUUUAUAAAUUAAUAUAGAAAGAAUACGCUCUAAUUUGUAAAUAUACGAUUUUAUUCAAUGAA